AGUGAGAGGUUAACCUGUUCUUGGGGGAAGGCUUGGCCUACAGGUGGAGGAACCAAAACGUAAAAAAAAAAUUGUCACUACAAGAAGCUGAAGAAUUUGACAAGAGUCCAAAUCCCCUAAUAAGAUUCACUCAAGUAGGAAAGAAGAGAGCAUUUAAAAUGCCACAGAACCGGGCCUUCUCGGAGCCAGAGUACUCUGCGGAGUACUCUGCGGAAUGCUCUGUGACCUUGCCCUCAGACCCAGGGCAGGCGGUGGGUCGAACUCAUGAGGUGACGGUGCGAAACUCCGGGUGCUGCCUGUGCCUGCCGCGCUUCAUGCGCCUUACCUUUGCGCCCGAGUCGCUCGAGAACCUGUACCAGACCUAUUUCCGGAGGCAGCGGCACGAGACCCUGCUGGUCCUGGUGGUGUUCGCGGCCUUGUUUGACAGCUACGUCAUCAUCAUGUGCGCGGUGGUCUACACUAGCGACCAGCUGGCCACCAUAGUGGUUGCCGCCGUGUUGCUGCUGGCUCAGAUCCUCGUCUACCUGCUGUGCCGCUUCAGCCUGCUGCCCGACCGCAUCUACCGCAGGGUGGUGCCCUACACCCUCUGGGUGCUCAUCGAAACCCAGGUCUUCACCUACCUGGGACUGAACUUUGCCCGCUACCACCAGGCCAGCGACACUGUGGGCUGGCAGGCCUUCUUCGCGUUCUCCUUCUUCCUGACCCUACCGCUGCGCAUCAUGCCCAUUUUUCUCAUCACCGCCCUGUCCUGCGCCAUCCACACCCUGGUUCUGGGGGUCACCAUCGCACAGCAACGGCAGGGGUACCUCCAGGGAUCAGUGCUAGCAAGAGAGCUCGUGGCCAACAUAGUGAUUUACCUGUGCGCUAUGACAGUGGGCAUCAUGUCCUACUAUAUGGCUGACCGCAAGUACCGCAAGGCCUUCCUGGAGGCAAGACAGUCCUUGGAAGUGAAGCUGAACCUGGAGGAGCAGAGCCAGCAGCAGGAGGGGCUGCUGCUGUCCAUUCUGCCGAAGCACAUUGCCGACGAGAUGCUGCAGGGAAUGAAGAAGGAGGCCAGUCAGAAGGAGAUGCAGCAGUUCAACACCAUGUACAUGUACCGCCACGAGAACGUCAGUAUCCUGUUUGCUGACAUUGUGGGUUUUACCCAGCUGUCUUCAUCGUGUAGUGCACAAGAGCUGGUCAAACUGCUCAACGAGUUGUUUGCUCGCUUUGACAAGCUGGCUGCUAAAUACCACCAGUUGAGGAUUAAGAUCCUGGGAGACUGCUACUACUGCAUCUGCGGGCUGCCGGAUUACCGCGAAGACCACGCCGCCUGCUCCAUCUUGAUGGGCCUGGCCAUGGUGGAGGCCAUUUCGUACGUGCGUGAAAAGACUCAAACAGAAGUGGACAUGCGAGUCGGGGUGCACACAGGCACUGUCCUGGGGGGUGUUCUGGGACAGAAGCGCUGGCAGUAUGACGUCUGGUCCACCGACGUCACGGUGGCCAACAAGAUGGAGGCAGGGGGACUCCCAGGACGUGUCCACAUCUCUCAGAGCACGAUGGAGUGCCUGCAUGGGGAGUUCGAUGUGGAGCCAGGCAAUGGCGGCGAGCGCUGCGAAUACCUGAAGGAGAAGGGAAUCGAAACCUACCUGGUGGUCGUGCCCAAGGGCCCUCCGGGCAAGCAUGGCAUCAACGGUGUGAAGUUGUCUGUGUCAUCGUCCAAUGGGAAUUCCCCCAUGUUAAUUAACACUACAGAGUGCAAUGGGAGCAUCCACACAGCCUGCACUACACCUGAGGAACCCGAGGAGCUGGACACGCAGGUGGUGAACCCGUCCUUUCCGAACCCGCGCCGUCGGCUGCGUCUGCGUGACCUGGCGGAGAGGGUAGUCGAUGCGCAGGAAGACGAGCAGGAGCUGAACAAACUGCUGAACGAGGCGCUGCUGGAGAGAGAGACCAUGCAAGCUCUGAAGGAGAAACGCACGCAUUAUCUCUCCCUGCGCUUUGUGGAUCCGGAGCUGGAGACCCGCUUCUCGGUGGAGAAGGAGAAGCAGAGCGGUGCUGCUUUCAGCUGCUCCUGCGUGGUGCUGCUGUUCACCGCGAUCAUGGAGGCCCUCAUCGACCCGCAGUUGGUAGUGAACUACGUCACCCUGGUUAUUGGGGAGGUCUUGCUGCUUACACUCACCGUCUGUUCACUGGCAGCCAUCUUCCCCAGGAUGUUCCCCAAGAAGCUGGUCUCUUUCUCGAUAUGGAUAGAUCACACUCGCUGGGCGCGCAAUACGUGGGCCAUGGCGGCCAUCUUCAUCCUCACCAUGGCGGACAUUGUGGACAUGCUGAGCUGCCUGCAGCCCCCUUUCCUGCUGCACAACAACAGCACAGUGGCCUUGCUGGCGCCGGGAGGAGAUGCUGGCUGUGGGGAGAACCCCAAAUACUACAGCUACAUCACCGUGCUGGCGCUGGUGGCGACCACCAUGCUGGUGCAGGUCAGUCACAUGGUGAAGCUGACGCUCAUGGUGCUGAUCACCCUGGCGAUCGGCGUGGUCAACAUCUACAGCUGGAGGGACAUCUUCGACCAGUACGACUGUCUACGCUUCAAGGACUACACAUUGUGGUUAAUAUUAUUAUUAUUUCUGCUUUCUUUUCACAGGGACUCUAUUGUUCCCUCCAAAUACUCCAUGACUGUAAUGAUCAUCAUUAUGAUGUUCAGCUUCUACUAUUUCGCCCGCCAUGUGGAGAAGCUGUCGCGUACGCUCUUCCUGUGGAAGAUCGAAGUCCAUGACCAGAAGGAGAGGGUGUACGAGAUGAGGCGCUGGAACGAGGCGCUGGUCACCAACAUGCUGCCAGAACAUGUUGCGAGACACUUCCUGGGUUCCAAGAAAAGGGACGAGGAGCUAUACAGUCAGUCCUAUGAUGAGAUUGGCGUGAUGUUCGCCUCUAUCCCCAACUUCUCUGACUUCUACACGGAGGAGAGCAUCAACAACGGAGGCAUUGAAUGCCUGAGGUUCCUCAACGAGAUCAUCUCAGAUUUUGACAGUCUCCUGGAUGGGACUCAGUUUCGCUGUAUCACCAAGAUCAAAACCAUCGGAAGCACCUAUAUGGCAGCUUCAGGUGUCACACCUGAAGCAAACACUAAUGGCUAUACCUCCCUGAAGAAGGAGGAGCUUUCAGACAGGGAGCGUUGGCAGCACCUGGCAGACCUGGCUGACUUCGCCCUGGCCAUGAAGGUCACCCUCAUGAACAUCAACUACCAGUCCUUCAACAACUUCAUGCUCCGCAUUGGCCUGAACAAGGGAGCAGUGUUAGCAGGAGUGAUUGGGGCCCGGAAGCCUCACUACGACAUCUGGGGGAACACCGUCAAUGUGGCCAGUCGCAUGGAGUCCACUGGAGUCAUGGGCAACAUCCAGGUGGUAGAGGACUGCUAUGCCAUCCUUAAGGAGUACGGAUUCCGUUUUGUGCGGAGGGGGCCGAUCUUUGUGAAGGGGAAGGGGGAACUUCUGACUUUCUUCCUGAAGGGGCGGGACAAACAGGGCUCCUUUAUCAAUGGCUCCUCUGUCACUCUGCCCCACCAGGUGGUGGACAGCUCUUGACCCACACAGAUACAAACAGACGCUAGCAUUCACAUGUCAAGCACAUACCAACAAAACAGGAAAUCUCACAUAUUGUCUUUCACACAUAUAUACAUACACUUACGGUCUGACACAUGCUAUCUCUUUGUCUCAGUUACUCCAACACUCAUAAUCUCUGUUUCUUGCUCUCUCUCUCUCUCUCUCUCUC